GUUCUUAAUCUCCUUCAUCUAUAAAUACUCCCAUAGUUAACAGAAGCAAGUCAUUAAAUCCAUCUGUUUUUACUUAGCUAAAACCACAAGCUUGUGCAAACAUUCAACUCCAACAAAAGCACUAAUUUGAUUCCCACCUAUAUACUAGCAAUGGCGAUUUCAGUGCCUUCUCCCUGUCUGGUACUCAUGGUCUUGGCAAUGGCUGCUGUCUCGGUUAUGCCAGUUGUCUAUGGCCAAGUUGGUACCCCUUGCUCUGCUGCUACAAUUGCGAGCUUCAGCCCCUGCAUGAACUUUCUCACUAACAGUACAGCUAACGGUACUGCACCAACCGCAGACUGUUGCAAUUCACUUAAGAAUCUCACAGGUACCAGCAGGGACUGUAUGUGCCUCCUUGUAACUGGAAGUGUUCCCGUUCAACUACCAAUCAACCGUACUCUCGCCAUCUCUCUUCCUCGUGCUUGCAACACCCCUGGCGUCCCACUCCAAUGCAAAGCCACUGGUACACCUCUUCCUGCUCCAGGUCCUAACUCUCAAGCACCAACUUCUUCUCCUGGAGCUUCACCAUCUGCCAGUCCAACAGCUUCUACUGUCCCUGAACCCACCUCAUCUGCUGAAUCACCAGAAUCAGACACACCACCAUCAUCAACAGGGGGCUCUGGAGCUCCAACAGCUACUACUGGGAGCCGCCCAGCUCUGACUCCAUCGGCUGCCAUGCCGUCUUACUCUCUGUCGCCUUCUCUUCUGCUAUUUGCUUCAGCAGUUCUGGUGUUGAAGUUUUACUAGGUUGAUCUUGUGCAUCUUCUACUUCUCUAUGCAUUUAUUGAUACACAGUAUGAGAAAUAUUCUUUUGUGGGUGUGUGUGACUGUUGUUUUUGGCUACUUCAGAUCAUUGUAAGCCAUGUUGGCUAUUUAUUUACAAAAACAUGAUUUUUUGUAUUAUAUAUCUUGAAUCAGCACAAGUAUUUGUUUUUUUGUA